GGCUCCUCCCGCCGUCCCUCCCCGGAAGGGCGGCCUUUCCCGGCCGGCGCGGCGGCGGCAUGGAGCGCUACGAGGCCUACGGCUUCUCCGGGGCCAUGAGCGGCGCCUUCCUGCUGUCCUGCCUGCUCUUCGCGGCCAUCAGCCGCCGCCAGCGCGAGCCCUACAUGGACGAGGUGUUCCACGUCCCGCAGGCGCAGGCCUAUUGCCACGGCCGCUUCCUGCAGUGGGACCCCAUGAUCACCACGCUGCCCGGCCUGUACCUGGUCUCGGUGGGAGUAGUGAAGCCCGCGGCGUGGCUCCUCGGAUGGACCGGGAGCGUGGUGUGCUCUGUGGGAAUGCUCAGGUUUAUCAACCUCCUCUUCAGCGCUGGGAACUUCUAUUUACUGUAUUUGCUUCUGUUCAAAAUCCAUCAGAAGAAUAAGGCUGUGUCUGGCUUCCAGAGAAUCUUAUCUACAUUAAUUCUUGCAAUGUUUCCCACCCUUUACUUUUUUACAUUCCUUUAUUAUACGGAUCCAGGUUCAGUAUUUUUUAUUCUCUUUGCCUAUUUAAUGUGCCUUUAUGGUAACCAUAAAACAUCAGCUCUCCUGGGAUUUUGUGGCUUCAUGUUUCGUCAGACGAAUAUUGUGUGGACAGUCUUUUGUGCUGGAAAUGUUGUGGCAGAAAAGCUAAAUGAAGCCUGGAAGACUGAAUUACAGAAGAAGAAAGAUGAAAAGAUUUCUUCCAAGAAAGGAUCAUUUUCAGAUUUGACCAGAAUAUUGCAGUUUCUUAUUAAGUAUCUCAUAUCACCUAAAAACUUAGUUACACUUACUGCUUUAACUUGGCCAUACAUCAUAUUAGUAACUGUCUUCUUUGGUUUUGUUAUCAUCAAUGGUGGAAUAGUUGUUGGUGACAGAAGUAGCCAUGAAGCCUGUUUGCACUUUCCUCAGCUGUUUUAUUUUCUGUCCUUCACAGUUUUUUUUUCAUUCCCUCAUUUAUUGACCCCUACUAAAAUCAGGAAAUUCCUUCUGUCAUUGCGAAAGCACCCUGUACAGUACAGCUUAAUCACCAUCAUCUCCUUAUUCCUGAUCUGGAAAUUUACCUAUGUUCAUAAGUAUUUACUAGCAGAUAACAGACAUUACACAUUUUAUGUCUGGAGAAAAGUGUUCCAAAGACAUGAGCUUGUAAAAUAUGUAUUAGUUCCAUUCUAUAUAUUUGCUGGCUGGACUUUUACUGAUACACUAAAAUCAAAAUCAGUAUUCUGGAUCUUGAUGUAUUUUGUGUGUUUAUUAGCAGUCACAGUUCCUCAAAAAUUGUUAGAAUUUCGUUACUUUAUUUUGCCAUUCUUAAUAUAUAGGCUCAAUAUUCCAUUUCCAUCUAUGUAUAGACAACUUCUGGAGCUGGCUUUUUAUGUUGUAGUAAAUGCUGUAACUUUUUAUCUUUUUCUAAACAGAACAUUCCGGUGGGAAAACAAUGAUGAAAUACAGAGGUUUAUGUGGUAACUUUUUUUUUUUUUGAUACUUUUAUAGGUAGGAAAACCCAGUUCUGUUUCGGGACUGGACUCUGGAAUGAAACAGUAUGUUUUGCAUCAUGCAAGGGCUAGUUUUCCCAUCUGGAAUUGGGGAAGUAAGCUCUUUGCUUAUAUUCUUGCAGCUGAAUGCGAGAUCUGAUAUGUUAUAAUGUGAAGAUAUUCUAUGCAUUGAAUUUAUGAGAAUUAACAAAUUCAAUAUGAGGAAAAGUGCGAGAACACCUUUCUGUAAUAGAUGUAAAAUGAGGGAGAUGUUUACAAUCAUUUUUCAUUAUAAUAAAAUAUUAUAUAACAUGCCCUUGAAGAUAUGACAGUUUGUAAGUAUGUUUCAGAGGUUGCCUUUUGAAAAAGGGAUUUCAAUCAUUAUGUUUAUUUAUCCGUGUGCGUAUUUAUUCUUUGGAUCAGGCCACGUCCUUUUAGGUUUCCUAAUGGUCAAGGUAUGAACCACUACUAAACUGCAAUGUUUUCAAAACCUCCUACAUCCCAGUGAAUUUUCAUUACUUUUUUGUCAGUAAAUUUAGUUUUGCAAACAGAAUGUAGGCUCUUAAAUCAUUGGAACAUUUUGAACAUUUUAUUUCAAACUGAUAUUUAUAAAACACAGCGGAGGCUGUGUGCAUGUACCUUCUUUGGGGAAUAAAUGUUAGUGUACAACAAAAGGUAAAUUGCAGUUGGUAAUGUGGCCUAUUAGAAGUAGAGUCAUUUACAUAUGUCAGACGAGUGGUUCCACAGUGGAUUACAGCCCAGUGAAUACCCUCUUAAAUAAUCAGGCUCCUAUGUCCUAUGGUUGUGUACUCAAAAGUUUGUACUGAAAUUGGCUCUGAGUGAACUCCCAAGUUGAGCCGAGUGUUUCAAAGAUCUUUGAUGUGUAAUCUUCAAGAAAUACUAAUGACAUUACUGAAUUAUUCUUUUAAAUGUUUUCCAUAUUUAUACAUAUCUAAUGGGACUUGGGUGUCUAUAUUUUGUUUUACAAAGGUAAAAUACUAUGUGUGUGUAUAUAUAUAUAUUUAAAAGCAUCUAAUGUGCAUUAUCAUCAGAAUAAAUGAAGACUGUAAUGGUUCCUGUCAGUAAAUGACUUUAUUAAGACUCAAAAA